AUGGAUUUCUUUGACCAAAUUGGACUCUCAUCGAUCCCCUCCAAGGUGGUGAAAGACGAGAAAGCGAUGUAUGCAAGGUGGGGCAUGCCGGGAAUAGGAAUAGAAGGGCUGAAGAUGUGGAUUGAAAACAACACUCUGCACGUAAAUGGAGAGGAAAAGGAAAAGGAGGAGGAGGGGGGAAAGAGUUUAUCAGCCUUAGAUCGGAGGAAGUACUCCGGCAACAUGGACAUCCCUCACGGCUGCUACAAGGUGGAAGAGAUUCUAGCGGAUCUCAAGAAUGGUGUGCUCAAUGUCAAGAUUCCAAAGAGAAAAAACAUUAUCAAUGUCCAGGCCAAUAGGACUCCUUUUAUUUUAGAUAUUUUUCCGUGA